AUGCCAAGUCUAACUAUCUGCCGACUGUGCCUGAGAGACGGACCGGACGAUUUGAACGAGCUUAAGUUAAGUAACACACCCCUUCUACAGUGCAUUGAAACAUUUACAUCGUUGAAGGUAUUCGCUGAACCAAUACAGCAUAUUUUGAUAUUCAUAUGCGUGCAUUGCGAGGUUCUGUUGACGCAAUUUCAAGAGUAUCGUGAACGGUGUUUAAAACAUAAUGAGAUAUUUAAGCUGCGAUUGCGGCAAUCGUGUUCGGCAAGUGACAUCGACGAAAAGGAUGUGGACUUAGAACUAAUAGAAACGGUGAAACUGAACGAGAGCGUUGCCUCGAAAUGGGAGCAAUCGGAAACAGCUACGAACAGCAAAGCCAGCAGGAGAUCGCACAGCAAAUCUAUGCUCUCUGGUGUAAGUCGUAGGUCGCAAAGUCGCACUAUACGUAUCAGCACUGCGGAAUCCGACCGAAAAGAGGUAGUCGAAAACCACAAACCAGUAAGAAAGAAAAUACCAACAAAGCCGCGGAUGAUUGCGUGCCCACAGUGUGGAAAGAUGAUUGUGCGCGGUAACAUGAACAAGCACCUGGCCACGCACAAUCCGGACCGUCCGAAGAAGAGCUGUUCGCACUGUAAAAAAACUUUUAAGGAUUCGCAGCUCCUAAGCGUGCACAUAAACAGUCAUCACACGUUCGAAAGAAAAUACGAAUGCGAUGUAUGCGGAGUGGCCUACCUUCGGCCGAACUCGCUGCGAGAGCACAAACUUUCAAGACAUUCCGUGGAGGCACGGUACGAGUGCAAGGAUUGUGGCAUGAAGUUUUCCAACUUUUCCAAAAAAAGACAUCACUACAUUGCGGAGCACACGACUGCGAGACCUUUCGCUUGCCAGUACUGUGACAAGGCUUACAAGUUUAAGUGUGAUCUAACUGUCCACACUAGGACCCAUACCGGCGAAAAACCCUUCUCGUGCGACAUCUGUAAAAAGACAUUCAGUAAAAGCUAUAACGUUGUUAUACAUAAGAAAUCCCAUCAUAGUUAG